CACCGGGCGAGAACCCCGCCCGCCCGCUACGGAGUCCCGGCCGCAUGGCCCUCGGCAGGCCCGGCGCGCGAGACGCCCAGGGCCAGACGGGCCUCACCAGCGCCAACAUGAGUGUCACCUCCUGGUUCCUGGUGAGCAGCAGCGGUACCCGCCACCGGCUCCCACGAGAGCUCAUCUUUGUGGGGCGUGAUGAGUGUGAGCUCAUGCUGCAGUCCCGCAGCGUGGACAAGCAGCACGCAGUCAUCAACUACGACCAGGACCGUGACGAGCACUGGGUGAAGGAUCUGGGCAGUCUCAAUGGGACUUUUGUGAAUGAUGUGCGAAUACCAGACCAGAAGUACGUCACACUGAAGCUCAAUGAUGUCAUCCGCUUUGGUUAUGAUUCCAACAUGUAUGUGCUGGAGCGAGUGCAGCACCGUGUGCCUGAGGAAGCACUCAAGCAUGAGAAGUACACCAGUCAGCUGCAGGUGAGUGUCAAGAGCCCAACACCCAGGAGGAGUGAGGCACCACCCGAACUCAUGGCCUACUGUGAAUCCUCGCACCCCAGGCCAGAGAAAGGGGACCGGAGACCUGGAACAGAGUCAGUGGUGUACCGCACACCCCUGUAUGGGCAGCCAUCCUGGUGGGGAGAAGAUGACAGUGGCACACCACCUGAGGACCGGCGCCAGGAGCCCUACCCAGAGCGAGCCAAGGAGUCGAUGCAGCAGACCAGCGAGCUGGAUGGCCCGCCAGCUGGCUUUUGCACCCCUGUUGAGCCUCAGGGUUACUCCUUUCGGCGGGAGCCCAGCUACUUUGAGAUCCCCACGAAGGAGCCCCCACCACCACCAUCACGUCCACCAGAGGUGCUGGAACAUGAGGCACCCACCAAGGAUGAGGAGGUGGGUGGUGGUGGGGCAGUGCCUGUGGUGCAGAGCCACGCCUCUUUCACCAUUGAGUUUGAUGACUGCAGCCCUGGCAAGGUGAAGAUCAAGGACCACAUCACUAAGUUUGCCCUGCGCCAGCGGCGGCCCCCUGGCAAGGAGGCCACACCUGUGGAGAUGGUCUCUGCUGAGACCAAGGUAGCUGACUGGCUGGUGCAGAAUGACCCAAGCUUGCUGCGUCGGGCUGGCCCAGGCGAUGACCGGCACAGCACCAAGAGUGACUUGCCCAUCCAUACUCGCACCCUGAAAGGUCACAAGCAUGAAGACGGCACGCAGAGCGACUCAGAGGACCCCCUGGCCAAGGCGGCCUCGGUGGCUGGGGCCCCCAUGGAGGCCAGCGGAGAGCAGGUGCGGCUGCAGAGGCAGAUCAAGCGGGACCCCCAGGAGUUGCUGCACAACCAGCAGGCCUUUGUCAUCCAGUUCUUUGAUGACGACACGCCCCGCAAGAAACGCUCCCAGUCCUUUACGCAUACCCCACCUGGGGACCCCAAGGCUGACAAGCGCCGGGGCCCGGGACCCCCUGAUCGGGAGCGCCCAGGUGCCCCUGCACGUGUGGUGGCAGGUAGCUGUUCGGGGUCCCAGAGGGCCAGCUCACUGAAACGGGAGAAGACAGAAGAGCGGCUGGCCAGUGCCUCGUCAGCCGCACGGCCCCCAGUCCGUUCCUUUGGCAGUGUGGGGCGCCGCUCCCACCUGGCCCAGGACUUCAUGGCCCAGUGCAUGCGCGAGAGCUCCCCGACCACCAGGCCAAGCCCUGAGAAGGCGCCCCCGGUGCCACCCGCACCCCUGACGUCCUGUGGGGCCAACCCUGUGGCUGCCCCUGCUGUACCACCCCCUCUUGCUGAACCCCAGCUGCCCAAGGCACACAGACAGGACGAGGACGACAGCCUCAGUGAUGCGGGCACCUACACCAUUGAGACGGAGGCGCAGGACAGGGAGGUGGAGGAGGCCCGCAAGAUGAUCGACCAGGUCUUUGGGGUACUGGAGUCCCCUGAACUCUCCAGGGUGUCUUCAGCCACCUUCCGCCCUGUGAUCAGAGGGGAGAGUGAUGGAGGUGUGGCCCAGAGAAUGGCCUUGCUGCAAGAGUUUGCCUCCCGGCCACUGGGUGUGGCCCCCUCAGUGGAGCACCAGGGCCUCAUGGUUCCAGGCUGCCCGGGAGGUCAGAAGUGGGUGUCCCGCUGGGCCAGCCUGGCUGACAGCUACUCAGACUCUAGCCCUGCAGAGGAUGGCUUGAGACACAGGGCGGGAGAGCCCGAGGGAGCCUUGCCUGUGCGCGCCAGACGCCUGCUUCCCCAGCUGCCCAGUGACAGAGCGGACAGCCCUGCUGGCCCAGAGGCCACUAGAAGGAAUGGUCCUGGGCCGCCAGAGCUGGGUGUCGAGCAGCCCAGCCACGUGGUUGGCCAGGAGGACCUGGACCCUGACAGCCUCAGUGAUGCCAGUGGAUCAGAUGGGGGCCGGGGCCCUGAGCUGGGCACAGAGCAGCAGGAAGACAGGCACAGGAGCCCCCAGGAGGGCCCGGCCUGGGCCAAGGGGCAGCGCCCACCAAGGGCUGCUGGAGAGCCUGCCCCCAUCUCUUUCUACAUUGGUGACCAGAAUGAGGCCACUGGCUCCCAAAAACCCAUGGCAGCUUCUGGGGAGGCAGAGGGUCCCGGGCGCGUGGGCCAGGCCAGACCCUCAGUGAGGGAUGGCCUCUACAUGAGCAGCAGUGGGCGGAUGGUCAUCCAGCUGCACCCUGGGCGGUCCCCCGAGCCCAACAGCUCCGGUGGCCCCACCCCACCCCGCGAGGCUCCCACCUUUGUGCGACAGGAGAGCUUUACUAAGGAGCCUGCAAACGGUUCCCCAGCACCUGGCAAGCUCCCACACAUCUCCAGUCACCCACUCCUACAGGACCUGGCCACGGUCCGGGCCACACGCAUGGAUCUCCAUGCGCAGGAUACUCAUCUGAUCCUGAAGGAGACUGAGACAGCCCUGGCAGCCUUGGAAGCCCAGCUGCUCUCCAAGACUGUGGACAAAGAGGAUGAGGGGGGCAGUACCCCCAGGCCCCCAGAUGACUCUCUCUCUGGGGACUCCGAUGUGGACACUGCCAGCACUGUCAGCCUGCUCAGUGGUAAGAACGGGCCCAGCCCGACAACCCCUCAGCCUCUAGGGUCACAGAAGGAGAGGCAGUCGUCUCCACCAGUGGCCCAGGACCCAGGAGGGGUUGCCUUGGGCAGCGCACGUGAACGACUUUCAGAGAAACAACAUCGCUUGACCAGUCCUGCUGACCUGGGCCGCGGAGAGCUGGCACGGCACCUGGUAGCCCGGCGUGCCCAUGGUCCCCGGGGGCCCCAGGACUGGCCUGAGGACCGAGGCUCCAAUCUGACCCACCUACCCAGCUCAGACACAGUCACCCCCAACCAUGAGACCCCAGAGGCCGCUGGUGCAGGUCGGCCAGGAGCUCGCCGGAAACCAGUGGCCGCCCCACCUGCCCUGGCCCCCCGGGAGGAGCAGAGCCGUGGCUGCACCAGUGUCCAGAAGGUGCAGCAGGCGCUGACGCGCUCCAACAGCCUGUCCACCCCACGACCCACGCGGGCCUCCCGGCUCAGGCGGGCCCGGCUGGGGGAUACCUCUGACACUGAGGUCACGGAUAGUGACCGGGGAGCCCCAGCCAACCCUGAGCCAAUGAGCCGGCCAGCUGCUGAGCAGGCCAAGAAGCUAUCCCGCUUGGACAUCCUGGCCAUGCCCCGGAAGCGGGCUGGCUCAUUCACAGGUCCCAGUGACUCCGAGGCAGCCCCUACCCGCACAGGCUUCUCAGGCCGCAGUGUUGAGCUGUACUGUGCCAACCGCAAGCCCACCAUGGCUGAUGCCCGUGCUGCUGCCAGGAAAGCUGCAGCCACUGCCAGCACAGGCUCCCGCCAGCCCUUCAGCAGGGCGCGCCCAGGCAGUGCCAGAUAUGCCUCCAGCACACGUCGUCGGCAGCAGGGCUCGGAUUACACAUCCACUUCCGAGGAGGAAUAUGGCUCCCAUCACAGCUCCCCCAAACAUGUACGCUCCCAUACUUCAACAGCCACGCAGACCCCGCGGGCUGGCAGUGCAGGCCGGGCUCGUUCCCGAGCUCCAGGCCCUCGGGACACGGACGAUGAGGAGGAGGAAACCGACCCCUACGGGUUCAUCGUGCAGACAGCUGAGAUUGCGGAGAUUGCCCGACUGAGCCAGACUCUGGUGAAGGAUGUCGCCACCCUGGCCCAGGAGAUCCACGAUGUGGCUACAGAUGGUGAUUCGCUGGGUUCCUCUGGGCCCAAGCACAGCCCCUCCCUCGGGAGCAUGCCCAGUACCCCCGCCUCGACCAUCUCUGCCCGAGAGGAGUUGGUGCAGCGGAUCCCAGAGGCCAGCCUCAACUUCCAGAAGGUGCCUCCUGGUACUCUGACCUCUCAGGACCUAGACCAGAACAUGAACAGCCACGAGGAUGCCUUGGGCAACAAGACGAGGCCUCGGAACCGCGAGGAGGUGAUCUUUGACAACCUGAUGCUGAACCCAGUGUCCCAGCUGUCCCUUGCCAUUCGGGAGAACACUGAACACCUCACUGAGAAGAUGAAGCUCCUCUUCCAAAACACGGGCCGCACGUGGGAGGACCUGGAAGCCAGGAUCAACGCUGAGAAUGAGGUGCCUAUCCUGAAGACAUCCAACAAGGAGAUCAGCUGCAUCCUAAAGGAGCUGCGGCGUGUUCAGAAGCAGCUGGAAGUCAUCAACGCCAUCGUGGAUCCCAGCGUGAAUCUGGACCUGCUCACAGGAAACAGGGCUCCCACGGGCCCCUCCACUCAGGGGCUGGGGAAAGGCCCGGUCCUUCCUGCCCCACCUGAGAGCCUGCUGCCUCUGAGGGGCUUCCCGCCAAGGGCCACGUGUGGGCCCCCGAGCCUCCCAGAGCCCGCCUUCCUCUCUGACGCUGAGCACUUCCUGAUCUAGGCCCCAGCAAGGCCAGGCCUCCUGCGCCUGCCUGUCCACCGCCCAACCUGCCGCCUGGCCACAGCGUCUCUGAAUCCCCUCCAUGUGCCACAGCCCCACAGGCAGGCACCUCUUGCCCUGCCAGCACCCCAGCCACCUUGCGCCCCGCCCCUCCAGGCUUCCUAGCCCAGCCCCUGGUGUGGCCAGUGUUGGGGCAUUCCCCCCACCCUGUCAUGUCAUCGUUAGCUUUCAAGGAGAGAGUAGUCUGUGCCAUGGCAGUGCCCAGCCCUGCCUGUGGCACCGGGAGGCCUGGGAGGGCUGCCCUGUUGAUCUGCCCCUCCUUUUAUGUUGGCCCGAGGCCAGGCAUGGGAAGAUGGUAGGCCAGGGCUAUUCUGUGCCAAAUGUGAGCUGGGGUCCAGUGCCCAGAAUCCAGCUGCCAGUCAGGCAUGUGGCCGCAGAGACGUUGGGGCAGGAACCCACAACUCCCAGAUUUUGGUGCCAACACAACUGCCAAACCCCCGAGCUUGAGGGCUGCCAGUGGGACCCUACGAGUGGGCACAGGUGGGAGGACACAGGCAGCCAUGCAGGCAGCCAAGGGCCCCUCUGCACUGCACCAGAGGUGUGGGGUGGCAGCCCCUCGGGGAGGGAUGGCUUGACCAAAGUGAAUGGAAGCACGUUUCUGGAAGCUUGUGCAGGCAUGUAAACAGUGUGUCUGGUGCCAGCCGUGUUCUCCCAGAUGCUGUGGGCAUUAAGUGGCAUGGAUCCCUUGCAGAGGAUGGCAGUGGUUCAGGGACAAGCCCCAAAGCGGUGACACUUUCUCAGGAUUCUUCUAGCUGGGAACAAGCCCCUCUGCAGCACCCUUCUGCAGCCCCCAGCCAAAGAGCCAAGGCUGGGCUGAGCGGGGUGACUGCCUCCACUAACAGCAGCGGGCGCUAGUAUGGGUCAAGGGCUGGCAGAGGCCACGGGCUGAUCCAGAGGCUGCAGCGGCGAGGCCUCCCUGUUUACAGUCUGCUGUCGUGGAGCUGGGCAUGGGUCUCGGUACCUGUGCCCGGCCCACUCGAUGUUUACGUUUGUGUGCAGGGCGGGUGGCAGAUGCCAUCAGGCCCCACCCCGAGAGCCUGCCGUCCCUUCGGAGGAGGUGCUAGCUGGGCUGCCGCCCACCUGCAUGCCUGCACAGUGGCCCACAGCCUGGCCCCGGAAACACAGUGGCCGCUCACCUUCGUCUGUGCUCCGCCCCUGGUCACCGCUGUACAAUUUUUUUUAUGCACAUGUUGGUGUUUCUCCCCACAUCAGUCCUGGUACUAUCCCUGUCCCUGCCUGGCUUCUUGGCGGUGUCUCUACAUUGUCUCAGGUGGUCUUGUGGAUGUCUCAGAAAAUGGUUAUUUUAUAUGAUUUGUCAUGAAAUUUGUUCUAAUAAAUCAUUCUUGUAUCACGUGGCAGCA